GAUGACAAACCAGGCAGUGCAGCAUAAUAUAAAUGUUAUUCGAAAGUGAAGAGAAAAUAACUUGUAACGUUUAAUGUUUUUGAAAAAAAGAAUUCAUAAUUACAAACAGCUAGUUGGCUCAUUAAAUCGCAUUAGAUAGCCGGUGAUAUGUCGUACUUUCGACCUCGCUGCGCGUGACUGGACUACAAUCUUCUGGGCGUUUCCAUGGUGACAUCAGCAGGCUGACACGUACGGUUUUGUUUUAGAAAAAAACUUAACUGUAAAGCAGAGAAAAGGAAACAGCUCGUAACAGAGAGGUUUCGGAAUAACACAUUGCAUGCUGUGUUGCCUUGUUGUAGGCAGCGAGAAAAGUACUGGGGUGCUGUGUCUGAGUGUGAAGAAAGAAGACAGCGUUUCAUCAGAAGUCUCAUCAGAUCUCAGUCCCUGAUUUCACCAUGAACGUGUUUGACCGCAGCAUCAACAUUGAUGCCCUCUUCAAGUUCUCCCAAAUAUCUCAUUCCACCCAGGUGCACUUGAAGAAUGUGUACUCAAGCUUGGCAGUUUGUAUGUUUGUGGCCGCUGCCGGCUCCUAUGUCCAUGUCGUCACACGCCUCUUUCAGGGUGGUGUGCUGUCUGUGCUUGGAUCCCUGGGGUUGAUGUUCUGGCUUGCCAUGACCCCCCACAACCCUGAGACAGAGAAGAAGAGACUGGCUAUCCUCGCAGGAUUUGCCUUCCUCACAGGUGUUGGCCUUGGACCCACACUGGACUUUGUCAUCUCUGUCAAUCCGAGUAUCAUUGUGACUGCCUUCAUGGGAACCUCUGUGAUUUUCAUCUGCUUCACUCUCAGCGCCCUCUACGCCAAACGCAGGACCUACCUGUUCCUUGGAGGCACACUCAUGUCCGGCCUUUCCCUCCUGUUCCUGAUGUCUCUGAUGAACAUGUUCUUUGGAUCUAUGGUUCUGUUUAAGGCACACAUGUACCUGGGGCUGCUCAUCAUGUGCGGCUUUGUCCUGUUUGACACUCAGCUCAUCAUCGAGAAAGCAGAAAAUGGGGACAAGGACUACGUCUGGCACUGUGUGGACUUGUUUCUUGAUUUCAUCACCAUCUUCAGGAAACUGAUGGUCAUCCUUGCCAUGAACGAUAAGGACAAGAAGAAGGAGAAGAAGUAAAGAGUCUUUGAGUAGCAGGAAAAAAAAACAAUCAGAAAAGGCAUAAUUUGCAACGCA